CACACGCUGCGUGAUCCCCAUCACAAACUGAGAGCGGCGGCUUUGCUGAGCCGAUGGAGUAGUAGUAGUAGUGGGAGUGCUCGCAGCUUCCUUUCGCCUAUAUUCUCUGCCUUAUUUUCUUCAAUGGAUUCGCCUUUUCUCUGGAAUAUUGCUUCGACCCACCGCGAGUGAGCUGCCGUGAAUCCUGAGAGGAGAAGUCUCCCCACAGGAGACAAGAUGGCGUCCAACAACACCCUGCGCAGCUACUCCAUCAUCCCAUGUUUCAUCUUUGUAGAGCUCGUCAUCAUGUCCGGCACGGUGUUGUUGGCCUACUACAUGGAGUGCACGGACCUGUUCAGCGUGCACAUGCAGGGCUUCUUCUGCAACGACGCCGAGCUGAUGAAGCCGUACCCCGGCACAGAGGAGUCCAGCUUCAUUCCCCCCCUCAUCCUGUACUGCGUGGUGGCUGCUGCUCCCACCGCUGUCAUUUAUUUCUCGUGCCACUUUUUGAAGGUCGUUGGGCAUUUGCUAUGA